AUGCUGAACUGCAAUGCUGUUGUGACUUCUGUUGAAUCAGGUCAGAAGCUGGAAGAAGAUAAUGAUGAAGAAAGGGUAUAUAUCACUAUGUACAAGCAGAUGAUUGGAUCAUUGAGGUACAUAUGUAAUAGUCGACCAGAUAUCAACUUUAUUGUAGGAUUACUGAGCAAAUUCAUGCAUAAUCCAAGGAAGUCUCAUAUGCUGGCGGGAAAAAGAGUGUUAAUAUACAUCAAGGGAACCUUGAGGUAUUGUGUAUUCUUCUCAUAUGGAAUAAAGAGAAGCAAAGAAUAUGUGAUAGUAUUUUCUGAUUCAAACUGGUGUGGUGACAUAUUGGACAGAAGAAGUACCACAUGUUAUGUCUUUAAGUUUCAAGGAGCUCCAAUCUCUUGGAUCUCAAAGAAGAAACCUAUUGUGGCUCUGUCUAGCUGUGAGGCAGAAUAUAUUGCUAUUUGUUCAACUACUUGUCAAGCUGCUUGGAUUGAAUUUGUAUUGACUAAACUUGGAGUAAACAUUCAAGUACCAAUCAAGCUCAUUAUUGACAACAAAUCAACAAUAGACUUAGCAAAGAAUUUUGUCUCUCAUGGAAGAUCCAACCAUAUUGAAAUAAGAUUUCAUUACAUAAGAGAGUGA